AUGGGGUCUCGUGGUGCUGAGGGAGGCGGGGGCCCAUCGUCAGAUUCAUCCUGGUUUGGUGACGGCAGCCACCGUGAAGCUCGGUGGCAGAAACGUCAAUCACAACGCGGAACACCACGUUGGUCCUAUGAGUUACAAGACAUUCCUAAACGAGUACGAAACAUCCUCAACGAUGUGAAUGUCGGUUACGCAGCCCGCCUUUCAUUGGCUUGUGGAGUCGCCGGUGGCGUUGUCUCCGUCCUCUACUAUGCAUUUUUUGUUCGUCUUCAGGAAUACCGUCCACUGGCGAAGCGAUCACGGUUUGCACCGCUUGUGCCGGUGACGCUUAUUGAAAAAGAUAAGGUGGAUGGAUCUAGCAUGAUGGUGCUACGCUUUGCGUUGCCCAAUAGUUACGACUACUGUGGUUAUGAGCCGGUGAGUUCGGUGAGGGUGACUUCCGGCACUGUGCGAGGUAUGGGUUCCGUUAGCCGUUGGUAUACACCGAUCAGUCAUCCGGAGCAGCGGGGUAUCGUGGAGUUUGCAAUUAAAGACCGCGACCCUGGAGUUAUGUCAGCCCGACUGCGGUAUCUUGAGCGCGGCGAUCGGGUCUACCUUGGCCGCUGGAUGAAGGAGUUUCCGUACAAGAAGAACACAUAUGGGGAGUUGGGUCUCAUUUCCACCACCUCUGGUGCCUCGAUUGCCUUGCAGCUGAUGAAGGUGCUGGAAAGCGAUAAGAGUGAUCGCACAAAAUUAUACUUCCUAUAUUGUCACCACACUGCAAAGGACAUUCCCUUUCGCGAGACAUUUGAUGCCUACGCUAGGCGAAAUCCUGACAGGAUAUCUUCAAAUUACAAUGUCUUUUCCCUGGCCAAGCAGACAAGAGCACAGGGUGUACGUCUGGGUGAAAACUUCUUUCUCGGAAACAUUGAUCCAACUAUCGUAGAAAAGGCACUCCCACCUCCCGCUAUCGUUAAUCCCGCUACAGGGAAUAUUGUGCGGCCAAAGAUCCUUAUUUGUGGUCCCCAGAGUAUGCUGUUGCCUCUUUGUGGAAGAGUAAGUACGAUUGGUAACUAUUCAUAUUGGCAAGGGCCAUUCUACAAGUAUUGCGGCUUUCUGCGGGACAUGGGAUAUACCCGCAGCCAGGUCUACAAGUUUGGCGUUUCUACCAAUAUGUUGGCUUACCAGUAG